AUGGCUUCUGAGCAACAGCAGCCAAAGAUUGCUUCCUCAACUCCCCCAGAUGUUACUUCCAAGUCCAUCAUCGUGCAUCCGAUGAGUGGAGCCUUGAAAAAGAGUUUAGAGGGGCCCUUUCAGAUUAUCCCAGAUCUGAAAGAUGGGCCAAAAACCGGGUAUGAAGCCAAGACAGUGAAGGAAGGAUUGUAUGUGAGAGUCGACAUGCCUGGCGUAGAAAUGGAAAAUUUAAAGGUGACAUGGGAGAAGAAGAAAGUCAGCUUUGUUGGUGAAGCCCCUAGAGAAACUGAGAAUGAUGCUGGAGGACGGAAUUACGAAGGAGUACUUGAUUUCAGCUCUGGGCCAGUUGCUAUUUAUGGAGUGAAAACUAAUCUGCAAAAUGGAGUUCUGACGAUGGUCUUGGUGGGUUCUGGUUUCCAGCCUGGGUUCUCUACUACUAGCCGUCAUUUCGAAUCCUAUGGUUGUUUCAAGGUUUUGGGGAGAGUGAGUAGUGAUACCUUUGUGGUUGUGGACAGACUCUACCUCAGAGCCCUACCAGCUGAGCUUAAAGGGUUCUAUCCAUUCCAAGCGGGCGGAGCAACUGGAAGUCUGGAGUCAAAAUGUACUCCUGAUAGAGAUGAUUUCGGCUUUUUCUGCAGGAUUGACUUGCCUGGUGUUUCGAAGGAAGGAUUUUCCCUUCGAACUAAGAACAACUCGGUGUUCUAUGGUGGCAAAGGCGUCAAGGGCUCAGAGCAUGACAAUAACAGUACAAGGACGUAUUUUGGAAUAUUCAGACUGUAUUGUGGGUGCUGCAACGUGAAAGAUGUGCAAUUUGAUAUCAAAGCUGGAGUUUUGAGGAUGCUGGUUCAAAAGGAAAAGAUCAAAACAAAGCUGGUUCAAAAGUACUCUAUUAAUUAG